AUGGCCUUCAAGCCGGGCGAAUUAACGAAACAGAAAUACUUGAAAUGUGUGCUGAUCAUUUUAUUGCUGCUUGUGUUGGGAAUAGUGGUCAUCCUAUGCUUCCUCUUAACGCCCUUUUCUUCUGUUGUCAUUUCGGAAGAUGAUAACACAAAAUGGAUUUACCCAGAUCCUGUAGUUGCGAGGGGUGCUAUUGCCAGCAAUGGUGGACCUUGUGCUGCCAUUGGACAGAAAAUUAUGAAGAAAUAUGGUAAUGCUGUGGAUAGCAUAAUUGCGACGAUGCUUUGUGAUGGUCUUACUUGUCCAUAUGCUAUGGGAGUAGGAGGUGGUUUCAUAGCAACUUUAUACCUGAAGAGCGAAUCUAAAGUGGUAACAAUUAUUGCCAGGGAGACAGCACCUGCUGCAUCAACUGCCGAUAUGUUUGUUAAAAAUUUCACGUUAGCCCAGAGAGGUGGUUUAGCAGUGGCUGUUCCAGGAGAGUUGAAAGGUUAUUGGGAGCUAUAUAAGAAGUAUGGAGGCAAAGCCCCUUGGAAAGAAUUGUUUACUGAUUCUAUUAAAUUGUGUGAGGAGGGUAUCCCUGUAAGUAAACGUCUAGCUGAUGAAAUAAUGAAGAACAGAGAUGAAAUUUUGAGAAAUCCUGGGUUAAGAAAGAGGUUAGAAAACGAUAGAGGAGAACUCGCCCAAUUGGGAGAUGUUAUUAAGCUACCAACAUUAGCCAAGACAUUUAGAAUAAUAGCAGAAGACCCUAAUGCACUCUAUAAUGGUUCACUCACUGCUGGGUUUGUAAAAGAUAUUCAAAAUAAUGGAGGGAUCAUCACUAUAGAAGACAUGAACUCAUACAGAGUUCGUUGGGAGGAACCUGUUCACCUGCAAUUGAAUUCAGGACUCAAUGUUUAUUCUGCUGGACCACCUGCUUCAGGCCAAUUACUUGGUUUCAUGUUGAGAGUGUUAGAUAACACUCUUAAGCCAGAUAUGGAUUCAAUUACAAAUAUCUCUAUAAUUACUGAAACAUUCAAGUAUGCUUAUGCUAUGAGAUCUCACUUUGGAGAUCCAUACUUUACAAAUAUCAGUCAGAUUCUUCAGAAGAUCAAUGAUCAAGUUUUUAUUGAUAAGGUUAAACAGGAAAUAUUAUUAAAUAAAACUAAUAAUAACCCAGCACACUAUGGAGCCCAAUAUUAUGGAAAAGAGGAUUUGGGGACAGCAAAUAUUGCAGUAAUUGCUCCAAACGGUGAUGCUAUUUCAGCCACAAGUACCAUUAAUACUGAAUUUGGAAGUUGGAUUGUAUCAGAGAGUACUGGCAUAUUAUUAAACAAUCAAAUGGAUGAUUUCUCAACACCUGGUUUAGUGAAUAGUUUUGGAGUUUCUCCAUCAGAUACAAAUUUUAUUAAACCAGGGAAGCGCCCUCAAUCAUCAGUUUGCCCUACCAUCUUGGUUGAUAAAAGUGGUGAUGUUCGUUUGGUUGUCGGUGCAGCAGGUGGAACAAAAAUAACAACAGCAAUUGCCUUGACAAUUAUUCAAAACAUUUGGCACCACAAAUCCAUUGUUGAGGCUGUAGAUCUGCCAAGAUUUCACCACCAACUUAUGCCGAUGGAAUGGCGCUAUGAACCAUUAAUGCCAAAGGAAUUCAUCUCGGGUAUGAAAGCUCGUGGUCAUAAUGUGACUGUCUUGAAUUCAAUUAGUGUAGUAACGGCAAUAUCUAAGAAUGGAGAAAUAUUCAGUGCAGUAUCAGACAGGCGUCGGCCAGGAAACACAUCCUACUUGUUGCUCCCUUGUAGUUGUACAUCGUGA